CAUUACUUUUGAAAGUCGGUGCGUAGUACAAUUCAUAACCUUGGUUCUGAUAGAGAUUUAGUUAGAGAUUGCGACGACUCUGUGGCUCCUAAACGUCGUGUAAACUACUACUAGUAUGUGGUUCCUGCCACGUAUAUUUAGUUACAGCGAGGGUAUAUCAUGUGCACUAAUAGCUGGAAGUAUGGUUAUUAGAACAAUUGUUAUCUUCAUUAUUGGCCUCGUUGUUGGGAUCAUUUUGACAGGGGGAUUUGCACGGCGUAAAGGUUCAAGUUAUUCUGGUGACAUACAGACCUGUACCGGAGUGGCUUUCUUUGCAGUUGUUUCCAAUGAAACAAAUGUUUCCGCCAAUGAGAACAUCAUAUUUGAUGAAGUUAUUGUGGACCUCAAAGUUCAUCACCACUCACCGGGUAUGUACAAUCGAUCUACUGGUGAAUUUGUCAUCCCAGUUAACGGUCGUUAUGUCAUAUCGACCUAUCUAAUGGGCAAUACAUCUAACGGCGACAUCGAUGUGGUUCUUUACAAAGACGAUUCACCACUUACAAUGCACAUGGCGAGAUUGUGGGAGCCACACAACAACAGCAUUUCAAUGGUUGGGGUUGUUUCCCUGAACCAUGGGGAUAAGGUGUCUCUCCGACCUAAGAAACCUUACAGCAUUCUACAGGACAUGAAAUACAGCAGUGGACGGAGUUUUGUGUCCUUUAUGCUCCUACUUCCCCGUAUAAAUACCACAAUAAUCAAUACAGCCACUAUGUCAGCAGUUUCGACUUCCGGAAAUGUUUCUACCGCUUGGAAUACGACAUGGAUUUGGGGAAACUAGAACUUGAAUUGAAAUCGUUGAUAUCAGCAAAUUAAUUCUAAGAAAUUCUACCCAAUGUGUUAAAUAGUUCCGGCAGCCAUCAAACAAACUAUUCCUUAACAAGUUUGCCAACGUUGAUAUUGAAGAAAAACCAGUAUAUCUAAAAACUAAAUUUAAUGUGCUAAAGACCACAAAAAGGAAUUACACAUUAAUUAGCGAUUCAUAUUAUUCAGGCAACUAAAAAAUAAUAUUACAAAUGUAUCAAUACUCCUGUGUAAAAUUAUGUUAUUAUAUAAAUAUCGCAUGGCUUCCAGAGUGACAGUACACAUUGUCAACAGUAUUAACCCGAAUGUUGACAAUAUGUACUGUCACAUUGGUAGACAUGCACAAUUUAUUUAAUUAUUUUGAACACAAUUACAUAAUCCUUUAACCAUUAAACAACUUUCCAGUUCAAUCAAUAUAAUCUGUUAUUAUUUUUUGUAAAAAUUCAUAGAAGUCUAAAAAUGUUACAGUAUUGGUACUCAACAAAGCAGCAAAUUCACUGAUAUACAUUUGAAACUAAAUAUCCUUUGAUCAAUGAUACCAACUUCAGUAAGAAUAUAAAUGUACUAGUUUGUUUUUUAAAAUAAAAAUCCGUGUUAGAAAAUGCAAAUAUUAAAAAAAUUAUCAAUAAACCGGAAACACUUGAUCAUAUGACGUAACACUAACGCCGGAACAAAUAAUCACUUCAAAGUCGAUAUGACCUUGUUGACUUAUUCUUAUUUUCUUGGGGGUGACUAAACUCCCCCACCCCACCCCCUGCCAACACCUUUAACCAUAUAAAUAUCGGCUCUGAGGGAGGGACGCAUGCCAAAAGGUUACGCCCCUUAGUUACGCCCCCUCUAACAUCAAAUCCUGGAUCCACCCGUGGUAUGUGGCUUGAGUGUUGAUUCAAUGGAUACUAAUGGUGUCGAAAUAUGAGAGUGGCUCUUAAGCCGAAGAUUGGGAACAACAGAUCUGGAUAGAAAUAUCUUUAGGAAGUAUAUCUGAAGUACAUUAAUUUUACAAAGACAUACUCAUAAACUUCGCUAGUAGAGGCUUAAUGACGGAAGUACAAACAAUGUUAUACUGAGUAGUUUGAAACGCUUUAUCGUUACAGCCGGUUCUGCUCAAAGCCACUAAGAUUUAUUAAGAGCUUCCAAGAACUUUUAAGAAAUACUUAGAUCUACUAAGAUAUAUUAUGCGUGUAUACUUAAAUCUAGAUGAAUACAUAAUUGUGUCAAUGUACAAAUUGGCAAAAGUUGUGCAUUUCAACAUUAUAACGCAGUACUAGGAAGUUCAUUGUGAUGUCAAACCAAAAUGCCUUACAAAGUUUACAAUCCCUAUUGUUUUGUUUCUGUAGCUCGAUUCAGAUUCAGCUCAAUUCCGAUUACAUAAAUAUUUACCGUCGUUUCUGUUUCUGCUACAAGGCGUUAACUCCAUCAUUUAUUGAUGAAGCUAAAUUGAUGGUAUGGGGUAUGUUUGUGGGUUUUGAUGUAUGUUUAUAUCUCUCAGCAUCGCCUCUCAACAGAGUUUAUAUUUGUUUUUUUUUAAUACUGAGCUAGUAAACCUUUCAUUUAACGGUAAAGCAAUUUUGUCGAGGGUAUGUUUUGUUUGUGGCGUUUGUUUUGGUGUAUGUGGCGUAAGUUUGUUUUUGGUGUUUGUGUAUGUGAUGUUAAUAUGUUUGUGUCUCUAGUUCAUUGUCGCUUGGGCCUUUGCCUUUUACUCUUAAACAGUUUUUUUAAUGUUUAUCUACUUGGUUUGUCCCUAUAUUUUCAUUGUAUUUUAUUAUGUUUAUGAUACAAUGUAAUAUGCCAUGUUCUUGAAUAAAUUACUUUCUCGUGCUGCCAUUUUUAAUUGAUCAACAAUUAUGUAAUGCCAUUUGAAUGGAUAAAGUUCAUGCGUAAUUUUAUUUAAACGAAAAACGUUUAGGGCCAAGUAAGCCGUGAUAUUAGUUCUAAAAUCUUAACCGAUAAGACUAAAAAUACAUUGAGAUAAAGAGUCAGCUGAGAGUCCGUAUUAAAUAUUUGAAACAAUUUAGAAGAUUUAUCCUUGGAAAGAACACAACACAUCCAACGUUGUUAUUAAAGAAGAACCAGUAUGUUUAAUAUUUUCAAAUUGGCUAAAAACCACGAAAAGGAAAUGUUGCAUACAUUAGCGAUUUAAAUUAUUCAGGCAAAUAAAAGAAGACAAUUAAAUUAUAAACAUUCCUGUGUAAUUUUAUGCUAUUAUUAAACAUACCCCCUUAUGUACAACUUGUUUCGUUUAAUUACAAUUUUGUGAUGUUUUGUACUAUAACUUAUGUUUCAGAUUUUUAUGCCAUAUAGAUGUAUGUUUGUGAAUAUUUUGAAUUUGAUAAUAACCUGCACAUGCUUACAUCGAAAUAAACUUUAUGUUAUAAUGAACACAGCAGUUCCGGUUUAGGUGCAAAUGUCCA